UUGAAUUCAAAAGACUGUAGAUGAAUUACUCCGAUUUUUUUUUUUUUUUAUUUUUCUUGUCUUCAUUGUCUACCAUGAGCAUGACUGAUCUUGUUCAAUGUAUAAAAGAAAAGGCUGUUUCAAAAGAAACUAUUGUUAUUCACAAUAACUAUCAGUCUGACCAACCUAUUCAAGUGCUUGUCAAAAACGAGAUUUAUAGACCCGAAACACUUUAUAUUAAAUCAAAGCUAUCUCUUGUUGCUUUUAUCCUGUCUACAGUCAUUUUAAAUACUUUACUUGAAUGGACAAAAUAGUCAAAAAAUAAAAAAAAUAAAAUAAAAUAAAAAAUAGAACUCAGUGCCCAGGCCUAAAAGUCUAGAUUACUAGCAAUAAA